AGAACAUCUCCAAAGUCUCAUCAACUCUACAUUUACAGGUGAUCGUUCACAGAUAUUGUGACGGACGGUGAUGAUGGGUUUCAGCGUGAUCAUCAUCUUUGCUCUGCUGCAGAUCCGUCUGCUGAAUGCUGGGGUGAAUCCAGAGGAUCUUUCUAACAUUGAAAGCACUGACUCUUCUAAUCACCAUCAGCGUCACGCUCGUGGAUUGUUCGGCAGUUCUUCAGCUGCAGAAGAUAAGGACCAGAUUGUUCUUGACUUCAACCAUAACUUGGAGUUUGUUGUAUCAAAAGAUCCACCUGAAGAUGUAGCUCCAGUUCCUCAUGGCAAUGAAGAUUAUUACAUUCUUGGAUUUGGGGGAUGUGAUAAGUUUACGUUAAAGGCAGUUAAAAGUACAGAAGCAUUGAGCCAAGCUGCUAAUAAUGAGGUACGUUCAUUUCUUGUGAAUAAAGAUCAAUUUGAAAAUUUGGAGUGGAAAAAAUGGUCAGACAUAAAGAAGAAACAGAUUCCUUUUUACUCAAUAAGGAUUUGUAAAAGUCACUACAUUGCUAUAGAUAAAAAUAGUAUCACUUUUAAGACUAAAGGCGAUUUAAAAAAAGAAACGCAAGUUCUCACUGUAAACUAUGACAUAACUGGGCAGCAUUUUCAAAUUUAUUAUUGUGAAAACCAGGGAGGGAAAAGUCCAGGCAAGUUAGAAGUGAUAAAACAGAUCAUAGCUGACAACAGGAACUGUGAUCCAGCCAAAUAUGUGGUGAAGUUGGAUGAAGGCAGCGACAAAACAAAAUCUUUUCUAAAGGGGAUCACGCAUACAGCCGGAGGGGCGUUAGAAGUAUCAGCCUCUGGUACAAUUGCAACUGUAGUCCAAAUGAGUGGAAAAAUAAGUGGAAAAUAUGACCAGAGUCGCUCGAAUUCUGAAACGAUAGCCAGUGUUAAUAAGGUCCUGCACUCGUUGAGUAUGGAGGUACAGGUUCCACCCAACCAUUCUUGCACCAUUGAUAUUUUAAGCAAAACCUCUAUGGUUCAAGUCCUGUGCUCCGGUGAGCUCAUCCGACAUUACAAGGACAAUGAAAUAGGCCAACGCAUUACCUCUGUUAAUGGCACCUAUGGUAAUCAGGAAGUAGCAGAACUCAAAACAUCUGUGAAUCUGUGCACACCAGUGAAAGAUGAGCCGAAAUGUCCAAAACCUGCUCAACCUCCGAAAAAAUAAAUGACAUGUUGCCAUGUGUGUGUUCAUAACAGAAUGUCAAAAAAAAAAUUGCUUGCUUUCAAAUGAUUUCAAGAAUUAAUUAAAUUGAAAUUUUGC